AUGAUAAAUAGAGGCACCGCACUGGGAAUGGGACCGUUAGCAGGUGUCAAGUUUUGCAGUACUUCCAUUCCAUCUACAAUUAAGAAAGAAAUGAAGGAUGAUAUAGCGUCAAUGGGAGGUAUCUUUCUUGAUGAUUUGAUGGCUGAUGUCAACGUUCUUAUAGUAGGAGAUUAUGAUACUGAGAAGUAUAAGUUUUGCGCUAAAAGAAGAGCGGAUAUUAAAUUUGUGAAGGCAGAUGCCAUUACUACCAUAUACAAUGAAUGGCAUGAGGGUAAAGAAGUUGAUUCAUCCAUUAUAAACGAUCAUCUCUGUUCCGCCUUCGAUGGUUUAUCCAUAUGUCUGUCUCGAUUAUCCAACGCCGAGGGUGAAAUUUACAAUAGGAAUUAUAUAUCGACUGUCAUUAAGGAAUUUGAUGGUACACCUACGGAAUCUUUAUUGAUGUCUACUUCAUUCGUGGUAACAACCGAAUGCAAAGGAAAAAGAUACGAAAAGGCCAUUGAAUGGGGAAUCCCCGUCGUUCAUCCAAAAUGGGUUCUUGACUGUGCCACUAGAGGUGCUGUUUUAGAGUACAAAUACUAUGAUAUCGCUGAAUUAGCCGAGAAAGAGACAGGCAAGGACUCCUGUUUAAUAUGGGACAAACUCCCUAACCGCUCCUCUGGCGAUGUCGACCUGUACAGUACAUCAAACCAAAUUUACCAAAAAAGUUGCGGAAUUUGCACUAGAGUAAACAAGCGGAAGAGGCUGGCGGACGAGUUGUUCUCUGGUUUAAGCUUUCUUGCGUACGGGUUUGCCGAGUCUCAAAUGCAGAAGUUGAACAAGGUCAUUAUGGAGAAGGGAGGAGAUAUUGUCGAAGAAUACGAGUCUUCUGUGACACAUCUACUGAUACCAUCGACAAUGCCAUUCCGAUCUGUGCCUGUAAGACUCAAGGAGCUAAUAGACUCAAAAGACUUAGCAGUUGUAAACGAGUGGUUCCUAGAUAGAUGCUUAUUUUACAAACAGCUCAAAUUUGACAGCUGGUCAGUGCCCCGGAAUUUUUGCAAUUUAGACUUUAAGCUGAAAAUCAGUGUAUCAGGGUUUUAUGGCGUCGAGCUACUACACGUUACAAAGCUAAUUAGCCUGCUUGGAUGCCAGCUGAUGGAAAGCUUUCAAAAAGAGUGCGAUCUUCUGGUUGUCAAUCUCUCCACUAUUGGUCUCACCAAAUCUUCGUCACCUAAAUUGUUCAAAUAUAAAUACUCUGACAUUCUCUCUUCAAGACCGGCAGCCAAUAUUUCCAAUGAUUCUACAAAGCAGAAAAUUAAUGCCGCUAAGAAAUGGGGUAUUCCGGUAAUCUCCCUUGCAUAUCUCUGGCAGAUGUCUGAAGAGGGUAUUCUACCGAAUCUAUUGGAUUACCAAUGGUGCAUCUUUGGUCCUAGAAGCUCCAUGCCUGCGCACAAUUUUAUGGAGUACGCCAGGGGAAUUACUAAGGGUACUUUCCAAACUCAGAAAUCUACCGAGGAUUCACGUGUUGAGUUCUCGAACGAAGAAAAGGGGAGAGAUCAUGGACGAUGA